AUGGAUGAACUGACUUAUCAGUCGAGGCUCAUUCCAACAGAGGAGGCACAGCGAACAGGCUGCUUCACGUCCUUACCUAUCCGCAUUCAUCCCCGCAAUGACAUUGCCGACGGGGCAACAGCCAAGUUCACUGCAGACUGGGCCAAGCACGUUCAUGACGGCAGAGAGAAGAGAACCCACUUCUGCCCUUCCCCGGUGGGAAAUUGGAAUUCGUUCCUCUACCCCGAGGCCCUCCCUGAAAGGCUUGGUACUGUUUCUUAUCUACUGGACCUUGGUCUGAUUCACGACGAUGUGAAUGAGGAGCUCAGCGUCCAAGAUGCCGUGACGGCGCAUGAACGUCUGAGGCCUGCCUUGGACCCUCAGGAUAACCGCAAAUGGGACCCAGAGUCACCGCAAAUGAAAUUCAAGAUGCUCUUAUCCGAGUGUGUUCUUGAGUGUAUCAAAACAGAUCGCAAGCUUGGCAUGGCCAUGCUUGAGGCUUUUCGUGUUCUCUGGCUGGAUAUUGCCGAGAACGCCACCAGCGAAGUGCCACAGACACUGGAAGACUAUUGGCGUGUACGAAUGUCAAAUGGUGGUAUGAGUGUUUUCUGGCCUAUGGUCCUGUUCGCCACAAACCUUCACCUCUCGGAGGAACAACAUGCUUUAGUCCAACCCAUCAUUGCCGCCGCCGAGGAAGCUCUUUGUUGGGCGAAUGACUACUUCAGCUAUGAACGUGAAGUCUGGGAACUUGAGACCGGAAAGGCGAAACGCAUCGUCAACCUUGUCGAGAUGGUGUCCCGGACCAAGGGACUUUCGAGUACAGAUGCCAAGGCAGAAGUCAAAAGGAUGAUCUUGGAUGCUGAGGCUAAGUAUUGCCGGCUCCGCGACGAUCUGCUCAGUUCACACCCAGACAUGACCUUGGAUUUGAAACGUUGGAUCGAGUAUAUCGGUCUGUCGAUCUCUGGUAAUCACUAUUGGCUCUCGGCUUGUUCCAGGCAAAAUGCAUGGAGGACCAAUGGCACCCCCAAUGGCACCAAGAGCGACGAGCCGAGUACUGAUAAUAACGACACGCUAUUGAAAAUGCCGAAGCGUCUUACCAAUGGCACCGCCAAUGGCACCAAGAGCGACGAGCCGAAACUCGACGACUUGGCCGUGGCUGCGCCUGUUACACACGUCUCUAGCAUGCCAUCCAAGGGCACUAGGACCCAGCUCAUCGAAGCCCUGAAUAUCUGGUUGAAGGUGCCUCCGGGAGCCUUAGCACACAUUAGCUCGGCCAUCGAUAUGUUGCACAACGCGUCGCUGGUCCUAGACGACAUCGAGGACAACUCGCCUCUGCGUCGCGGUCUUCCCGCCACACAUAUCGUCUUCGGGGCGGCGCAGUCUAUCAACAGCGCGACCUUCAUGUUUGUGAAGGCGACGGCGGUGGUGCGCUCGGCGCUCAGCCCGGCGGCACUGGCGGCGCUGCUGGAGGGUCUCGAGACACUCUUCUUGGGCCAGAGCUGGGACCUGUACUGGAAGCACAACCUACAGUGCCCAAGCGAGCGCGAGUACGUGAGCAUGGUGGACUACAAGACGGGCGGCAUGUUCGUCAUGCUGGUGCGACUGAUGGUGGCCGAGAGCCCGUGCUGGGGCGGCGUGGUCGUCGAGGAACUGGAGAGGCUGAUGCAGCUGCUGGGACGCUUCUUCCAGAUCCGCGACGACUACCUGAACUUCAGUGCCUACGCAGCCCAGAAAGGCUUCGCCGAGGACCUGGACGAGGGCAAGUUCUCCUUCCCUGUCGUGUGCGGCUUUGAGAGGCAUCCCGAGCGGUGCGGUCACAUCCUCGCCGUCUUCAGACAGCGCCCAACCAGCGCGGCCGUUGAGGCUAAACCACUGCCCAGGGAGGUCAAGGAGCAUCUGAUAAAGUGCAUUGCGGCGUCUGGCGGCUUCGACGAGACUCUAAAGUGCCUAAGGAGCCUAGAGCACGAGCUAGACCAAGAGAUUGCCAGGCUUGAAGAGGGAUUGGGUCAAGCUAAUCCCCUCCUGAGAUUAUGCUUGGCUGCGCUGAGUAUGGAAGGAUGUGAGAAAAUUUCAUAUGGUCAUGCUGCGGCUCGGGAUGGCCGGCUGUUCAGAGAAUAA